AUGUCAGUUUCUACUGACAUAAGUUUAAUGGAUAUCCUUUUCGACAGGGAUGAUCCUGUUUUGAAAUUUGCCGAAGACAAAGAUGUUUUCAAGCAAGAAUUUGAUGUUCUCGAUUCAAAAUCAGAUUUACUUUGUGAAAAGCUUGAGCCAUGGGUGUCAGAUGCUGAUGAACUCCUGAAAGAUAUUUUAAAUGAUGAACAUUUUAACUUGCUUGAUAGAGAUCCAGAAGAUAGCGAAUUAAAUUGUUUUGACACGACUUUGUCCGAUUGGAAACCGAUAACAAACGAUGAAUAUGGUAUUAAAGAAGUUGUCGUCGGAUCUUCUUCAAGUGCCUAUUCAGAUAGUGGGCUCUCUAGCGAUCAAGUUUCCCCAGGAUUACCAAUUGAUUAUGAUUUCACACCUAACCAAUUGGAUGAUGAUGAAGAUGCGGAUGAUGAUGGGCACAUAUCUUCAGCCGUUUCGACUAUCAGCGAUGCUUCGGCAACUUUACUUUCUGCAAGCGACAUAAAAAUAGAACCUCAAGAAAUUAAUUCAUCAUCCCUGCUUGAAGAUGAAAUGGCAGUUUUGGGAAUUCUUCCAUCCGAAACUCAUCAAGUUGAAAUAGAAAAAAAAAAAAUUCAGCAAAUAACAAAUUUAUCAUCAUCAGUUGUAACAACAAAUCCCAGAUCCAUACUUCUUCCGGUUAACACUGGAAAUGGAAUUAAAACAUACAAAAUAGUGAACAGUUCAAAUGGUUGUAAAACAUUCAAAGCUGUCAAGCAAUUGGAAAAGGCUAAACCUGUCGUUUUAAAAACUGUCAGACCUACAGGAAUGCCGUUGGUAUUGAAAAAUGUUAAAAAUCAAAGUGCCCAGAAAAAAAUUAAAAGUAGAUCGAUUAAAUAUGUAGCAGAAGAAACGGAUGAAGAAGAGGAAAUAACAGUUUUGUCCGAUUCUGAAGAUGACAAAGUUAAAUCUCAAUAUCCGAGAUUGAUUUUAUCACCGGAGGAGAAAAAAUUAAUUCAAAAAGAAGGAGUUCGUUUGCCUUCGCAUUAUCCAUUGACAAAAUUUGAAGAAAGGGAAUUGAAAAGGAUUCGAAGGAAAAUUAGAAAUAAAAUAUCAGCUCAAGAUUCGAGAAAAAGAAAAAAAGAAUAUUUAGACGGAUUGGAAGAUAGAGUUAAGCAAUGCACAGAAGAAAAUUUAUCCUUGAUAAAGAAAAUAAAACUUCUUCAAUCUCAAAAUCAAUCACUUAUGACGCAAGUUAAAAAAUUGCAACUCACGUUGGCUAAAACGACAACGAAAACAGCUCAACCGGCCACUUGCCUGAUGGUGAUCAUGUUGUCGGUUGCUCUUAUAAUGGCUCCAAAUCUGAGAAUAACACAAAAUAACGAAAAUGAUAUUGGAGAUCAAGAAGUGUCAGACAAAACGUUGCAACCUGUUGCAGGUCGUACUCGGAGUUUGUUGUCGAAAAGCACUUCGCAAGAUUCCGUCAACGAGGAAGAUGGUAAAAUUUCACAAGAAAUGCAAUCGGAUCGAUCUACUUCCGUUCAUACAAACAGUCCAUAUUCUUACAUGCACAUGGAAUUAUCGUCUCGAAACAAUUACAUUUUAAAAUCGGAUCGUUCUAGAAAAUCGUCGAUCGGAAGUUCGUCAAGCGGUUACGAUAGUCCACCACAUUUUUUGGUCGAUCACGAUUACGAUCCACCGCCUGCUAAAAAGAAUCGAUUUCAUUUUUCUGAAAAUGAAGAAACGGAGGAAGAGAUGUUGAGAAAAAAAUUCAUACUUCCGCCCGUCGAUGAUAUAUGGCCGGAACCAUCGUCGGUCGAAAAGGUCGGGACGAAACCUAAAGAAUUUAUUAUUCCAGACAUCGAUGAUGAGUGGGUACCCAAACAAUCGGUACUCGCGGAUAAAAUCGAGUCACUAACGACGGAGGUUAAGGUAAACAUAUCUGAUUCCAAGGGCACACGCACGGUCGUCAUUCACGUUCCGAAAGAGCAAGAAUAA